CAGCGGACUCGUGCCAACUUGCUUGUGCACUUAGUACAUACUCUUCAGCACUUCUUGGUGGAGUCAGUUGCACGUCGACAAGCGCUCCGACUGGUUGUGAGCUGUUUAUUGAACUCAUAGCACUCAUUUUAUCCAUAUUUAUGAAUAAAAAUAAUAAAAAGCGUGUUCGCGUUUGUAGAUUGCGAAUUGAGUACACGGGCGAACGCAGCUUCAGUUCAACGGCAUUCACAAAGGCAGACGAGUCGCGAGCCAAAACCUGCCAACGUCGACAUUUACGCGUCGUGUAGAAGAGUUUUCGGUUCUUAAUUUAAGUAAUAAGCGCUAUUGUUGACAUUUUUGCGGUUUUAAUAAUUGAAUAGUUCGUGUGCGAGUGUGUUGUUGUUUACUACGGCUGUAUAUUGUCAUUUAUUAAUCUAUGAAGUGAAAGUGUGGUGUUUUAUUCUCCACUGGAAUUAUUAGUUGAGCUUAGACGUCGAGUAGUGCGUUUAUUUACGAAUUCAGAUGCACAAGUCAGCCGCGAGCCGUCACACACUGCGCCUCCCCUGUCUAGUGGCUGUUGUUGCGCUUGUGAUACUCAUUGUAAAUGUUCCCUCAGCUAGCAGCGCACCGCUUGUUAGCUCAUUGCGUGAUGUCUGCGGUCACACGCUACGCAGACCAAGCGGUUUCUUUGGACGUCACUUUGAUUCUACUUUUCUGAAGCAUUUCUUCAAACAUCUGAUACCAUUCACCAGUUCCGCGCGCGUUAAAAUGCAGUUCUAUUUGUAUAAAAGGGAUUUUGCCGAGUGUGGACGUGAAAUUGUAACGGAUGAUGAUAGCAGCUUGGAAAUGUCUGAAUUUAAUCCAGAGCAUCCAACCAGAAUAAUCAUACACGGAUGGAUGAGUCAGAGCAAAGGCGCCUUGAAUCGUGCCGUCAAAAAUGCUUAUCUUAGUCUAGUCAAACGCGUGCCACAAUCGGCUGUUUCCACCGAAGAUGUCAACGUCACCACCAACCCACCACUCUACAGUGUCUACGAAAACGAUAUUGACGACCGCUAUCGAAGAAGCGACCUGAAUGACACUGUGCCGCCAAGCGACUAUAAUGUGAUCGUCUGUGAUUGGAGUGUCAUUUCGUCGAAUGUGAAUUACUAUAGCGUUGUCGAAAUGGUGGAGGAUUUGGGUCGUUUACUUGUCGAUUUGGUCAGUUUUCUGCAACUGCGCACCGGACUCAAUUACAACGACGUCUAUUUGAUUGGCCACUCGUUGGGCGCACAAAUUGCCGGUAGCGCAGGCAAGCAGGCACAUCCCUACCGCUUUAAUACGAUCUAUGCCCUCGAUCCCGCCGGUCCGAAGUUUCGCGAAGUCAGCGAUGAGUUUCGCGUCGAUCCCAGCGAUGCUGAGUAUGUCGAGUCAAUACAGACUAGCAGCAGUUUGGGUUUUGAAGAGCCUGUCGGUCAUGCCACCUUCUAUCCCAAUUAUGGGCGUGAUCAGAAGAAGUGCUACUUUUAUGGCUGCUCGCAUCGUCGCGCCUAUCACUACUUUGCCGAGUCGAUUACCAGUAAAUUGGGUUUUUGGGGCACACUCUGUCGUCGCGAGUCGGAUGAUGUGUGGAUAUUCUCCCAAACCGGUGUGGAAUUUCGUAUGGGUGGUGAGCCGUCUGCGCCAAAGAGAGGUACAUUCUAUGUUAAGACAGCAGAUAAGCCGCCAUAUGCACUGGGUCCGAAUAUUCAACCGCAACGUUUGGUCACGGCAGCCAUAGAUAAUGAAACAAAUGGACCAUUCGAAGAAGAGAAGUAUGCGAUCAGUGAAAAUUUGUAUGUGUAGAUUAAAUGAGUUUUGAGUGCAAGAACUCAAUGAUUUUGUACAAGUAUUUAUUCAAAAUUAAUGAAUUUUUUACUUAAAAAAAGCUUUCGAUUGUACGACCAGCAUGUUAAAUUUUUAUUAACUAAUUAACAGCGAUAAAACAAGAUUUUUUUGUAACUUUUCUGCCAAGAUAAUCUGAUGUGAUAAUAAUAAUGUAAUAAAAUGUUGAGCGAUACCAUA